AGCUCUGGGUCAUGUGACCGCGGCCAGUCCCCAUCAGCAGCCCCUUGAGGUGGCUGUGUUUGUAGUAGCUAGCAGCUGCGUCGGAGAAGACCCUGCGUCCUGCCGCUGAUGGCGAUGGAGAAUUUGAGACAGUUCGUGCUCGCCCUGUCUGCCGCCGCCGCCGCCGGGUUCGUCGCCAUCAUAUUCGUGCUGAGAUGGGUCAUCCACUUUAAAGAAGGUUUAGCCUGGGAUGGAGGACUGGCCGAGUUCAACUGGCAUCCGGUGUUAAUUGUCAGCGGGUUUAUUUUCUUGCAGGGAAUAGCCAUCAUUGUCUACCGGCUCCCCUGGACCUGGCAGUGCAGCAAACUAAUGAUGAAGUUCAUCCAUGCAGGCUUGAACUUGGUGGCCUUCGUUUUCGCUGUAAUAUCAAUGGUGGCAGUUUUUGAUUUCCACAAUGCUGCCAAAAUCCCCAACAUGUACAGUCUGCACAGCUGGCUGGGCCUGAUGGCUGUGAUACUGUAUAGUCUACAGCUUGUUCUUGGAGUUGGCAUGUACUUGAUACCAAUUACACCCGUAUCCUGGAGAGCAGCGUUCAUGCCCCUUCAUGUCUACAGUGGUCUGUUACUCUUUGCCAGUGUUAUAGCUGUGGCACUCAUGGGCAUCACAGAGAAACUCAUUUUUGGCCUGAGCAACCCGAAGUAUAAGGACUCGCCUCCAGAGGCAAUUUUUGUGAACGUUCUGGGAGUCCUCCUAGUGGUUUUUGGAGCUCUGAUCCUCUGGAUUGCCACUCGACCGUCUUGGAAACGCCCCAGAGACCAGAACUUGCAUACUUUGCAUACCAAUGGGGGAGGUGAGGACAACACCAAUGUCGGUCCAGCCCUGUCUCAGCUGUCUGAUGAAGCUGAUGCUGAGGCCUCUGGGGAUGUCAGGAGGAGGAAUAACAAAUUAGAUGAUUAGACUAACUGAAUACAGAAUAACUGAGUUGGAAGCUGUACUGUCUCCAGUGCUGAAUGUAUGUUCAUCCGGUCUACACUGGUCAGAGAAAGUCAAAAUGUAAUUAUCUUUUCCAUAUAUAACUUUCUCUCUUGCACCUUUUUUAAAAGUUUCAUUUUGUUGGCGUUUUGAGCUUCUUGUUUUCCCAAAUAUUUCGUUUGCUGCACAUGCAUGUAAAUAAUGGUGAGCUACUUUACAAGGGAUUAAGAUGAGGAUGUGGAAAUAGGCUUUACUAUACUCUGUACAAAUGAUCAUGACAGAUAUUGUGUGCUUUAAUUCCUUUGUAUUCUGACAUCUGGGUUUUUGAAAUAUGUUUAGAGCCUACCAACAUUUUACAAUAAAUAUCAGCAACUAGCAU